AUGAUGAACGAAUCUAGACCAACGGUUCCUCUGGGAACGAAGGGGCCCCAUAGUAAACGACAUUCCAACCAACAAAAAAUGCCAACAGUAGCCAACCAACCUUCGGCGGGUCCUCCAGGGGACACCGGGGAUUCCCCUCCUCCAUAUCCUGCUGAUAAGGAGGAUGUAUCAAUGCCUACACCUUCAGGGGAGGGGGAAAUCCCUCCAAGCCCUAGCCAGCGUGUUGUUGUCGCACCCCCACCCACUUCGCGUGUGAGCAGGACCCUGUUGUUGUUGGGAGCGUCCCCACCGCCUCUUUCCCAAACUGACGGACGCUUUCCAUCAACGAAUAUGGCUGUUUCUAAAUCGGAGCGGCGUGCUUGGUUACAAUUGCUGGUCUCACCCGCCACCUUCCCGGCGUGGGCGAUUAAUCAUAUAAGGAGACAAUUCCGACAAUUGUGCACAGCACGAAGGCGUUCCUUUUGUAUACACUCGUAUGCGCAGGCGAAUUCCACCACCCCGACGCCUCUGGCUGCAGGAGCAACAUCUGGUGAAGGUGCCGUUCCAGGGGCACCAGCAUCGCCUAUUCUUGUUGCUCCAGCAGACGAAACACUUCCAAAGCCUUCUGACACAGUAGGCUUAGCUGAUGGAGCCACUACUGACGGCGCACCUCUGUGUGUUGUAACUAUUGAUGACUCGGCACUUCAUACAUUACCAUCCGGAGAGGUACAGAGACGCGCCCCCGUCAAUCCCUUCCACUCUCCUCUACUUGCUAAAUUUGGAAUAGGGAAAAACAGGAAAAGAAGGAGAAAAGUUAAGGAUCCGAAACUCCUGGACAACCCACUCAGAGGAAGACUCGUUGUCUGCAUCAGCACGACAGCUCUUCUUGUGUGGCUGUUUUUGUGGGAACUCCUAUACAACUACACCAGCUUCAACGGCCGUUGUGUGAGUCAGGUGCAGUACCCAGACUACAAGAUUGAUAAAGUUGAAGAUAGGGCUCCAAUGGUUAUUCGUUAUGGCUACGGGGCCUGCCAGUACAAUUUGGGCUCCUUGGCGUACCCCAGAGUGGCUGUAGGGAAUUCAGCAGGAGAUAAGGGCUGGCCCACGGACUUAGUGAAGAACGGCUCUUCUGGUUCUCAUUCGGCCUCAUGGGAUUCUCCAAAUGGCAGAAUUUUGUCGGCAUUUGGUGGUCUGGAAACCAACUUAAUGAGGAACUAUGGCGAAUCGUGGAGAGUGUUUACUUCAAUGUACCUGCAUGGGGGGUUUUUGCAUAUCUGCAUCAACCUGCUGUGUCAGAUCCAAAGCCUUUGGAUGCUGGAACCGGAUUGGGGCCUUUGGCGAACAGCAUUGCUGUUUUUCGUUGGAGGAGUGUCGGGGAAUUUGCUAUCCGCCGUUGCCGAUCCCUGCAACAUCACUGUUGGCUCGUCUGGUGCAAUGUAUGCUCUCAUGGGGGCCCUAAUUCCUUACUGUGUCGAGUACUGGAAAACCAUUCCUAGACCCUGUUGUAUCUUAAUCUUUUUCAUUAUAGUUCUGUUAAUUGGAAUCCUAACAGGCAUGUCCGGAUUCACAGACAACUACGCGCACAUUGGGGGCUGCGUUGGUGGCAUUCUUUUCGGUUUUGCGACGAUAACAACUGUUGCUGCGUGUGAUAAAUGCACGUUGGGUGAAAGAAUGGCGACGACGAAGCCGUUCAGCUACUGCGUGCCGAAGAAUACACAAGAAAGGUUGCUGCAAAUGGCGGAGGCCAGGAAAACUGAAGCGAUGAACCGGCGAAGAGCGGGGGCCAUGAGAAAGAAAAAGGCAGGGGGCGCAAGGGGGAAAGCAAUUAGGGUAGUCAAGAUGCAAGUUGAGGAACAAGGCAGGCCUCCUUGUAAAAUGGCUCUCCGAGAAUGGAUCGUCAGGAUAGCGUGCGUUGCUGGCUUGAUAACAUACUGGGCUGCUCUCUUCGUGGCACUGCUGAACGAAUCAGUGUACAAGGAUUAUGAGCCACCUGGGCAGCUGAAGUUUGAAGGCUGGCUCUACUGCAAGUGUGGCAUUAUUAAAUAUGAAGCACGGCAGACAACGUGGAACAAAGGCAUGUUUUGGUGUUUCGGAAACGACCAGGAUGCUAAUUUCUAUCUUAACGCGUGA